UCUAUGAAGAAAGUACACUUUCCAGAUCCUUCAGGAAAUGGGAAAUUUGAGCAAUAAACACCCAAGCCUUAGAAAAGGCCAAAUUGAAGUGCUAGAAACAUCCUUGUCUGACCACCUUAUUUAUGGAACUCCAAACUAUUCCCUCCAUAUCAGAAACGACUUCUCAAGCACAGCAAAAAGUGUUCAAACACUUGGAACAUAGCUUGGCUACCAGCUGAGACCAAAGACUAUGGCACCUGCUCUAUCUCUUUCUGUCUCCCACCUUCCAGUUUGCAAAUCUCAAGACUUCUCGAAGGAUACCUGCCUCCCAAAAGGAACUAAUAGGGAAAACCCUUCUGCCAAAAUAGCUUCAGAUGUCAAGUUAAGUAAAAGAAAGCUAUUGAGUUCAACUGCCUUGGGUCUUAUUGGAGGUCUCUCAGUUGCUCAGCCAAUAAGAGCUGAGCCAGAGAGCCCAAUUGAAAGCACAUCAAAUAGAAUGUCAUAUUCAAGAUUCUUGCAGUACUUGGACGAAGGUGCUGUGAGAAAGGUGGACUUGUUCGAGAAUGCAACUGUAGCGAUUGCUGAGAUAUAUAAUCCUGCGCUUGACAAAAUUCAGAGGGUAAGAGUCCAGUUACUGUUGCCACAAGAAUUACUCGGGAAAAUGAAGGAGAAGGGUGUAGAUUUUGCUGCUCAUCCAAUUGAUAUCAACUGGUCAGUUGCUUUACUUGACUUGUUGGGGAACUUGGCAUUUCCUUCGAUUUUGCUAGGCACUUUGUUGUUAAGGAGCUCAUCUCCAAACACUCCUGGAGGUCCCAACUUGCCUUUUGGACUUGGAAGGAGCAAAGCCAAAUUUGAGAUGGAACCCAACACUGGAGUAACUUUUAAUGAUGUUGCUGGUGUUGAUGAAGCUAAGCAAGAUUUUCAAGAGAUAGUUGAGUUCUUAAAAAACCCAGAGAAGUUUGCUGCGGUGGGUGCAAAAAUUCCUAAAGGAGUGCUUUUAGUUGGACCUCCUGGGACUGGAAAGACAUUGAUGGCAAAGGCAAUUGCAGGAGAAGCAGGGGUUCCUUUCUUUUCACUUUCUGGAUCAGAGUUCAUAGAGAUGUUUGUUGGAGUAGGAGCUUCAAGAGUUAGGGAUCUGUUUAACAAGGCAAAGGCUAAUUCACCGUGCUUGGUGUUCAUAGAUGAGAUUGAUGCUGUUGGAAGGCAGAGAGGAACUGGUAUAGGUGGAGGAAAUGAUGAGAGGGAGCAAACUCUAAAUCAAUUGCUAACUGAAAUGGAUGGUUUUACUGGCAACACUGGAGUUAUCGUCAUUGCUGCUACUACUAGGCCUGAAAUUCUUAAUUCUGCUUUGCUUAGGCCUGGAAGAUUCGACAGACAGGUCACUAUUGGGAUACCAGAUAUAAGAGGCAGGGAAGAAAUACUGAAGGUACAUAGCAACAACAAGAGGCUGGAUAAAGAUGUUUCUCUCGGUGUAAUUGCUAUGAGGACACCAGGAUUCAGUGGUGGAGAUUUGGCAAACCUUAUGAAUGAAGCUGCCAUUCUUGCCGGUAGAAGGGGCAAAGACAAGAUCACAAUGAAAGAGAUUGAUGACUCAAUUGAUCGAAUUAUGGCUGGAAUGGAGGGAACAAAGAUGACAGAUGGAAAGAGCAAAAUUCUUGUGGCCUACCAUGAAAUUGGACAUGCUGUCUGUGCGACAUUGACCCCAGUCCAUGACCCAGUUCAAAAAGUCACUCUGAUCCCCAGAGGCCAAGCUCGAGGCCUAACAUGGUUCAUACCAGGUGAAGAUCCUGCUUUAAUUGCCAAGCAAGAACUCUUUGCUAGAAUAGUCGGAGGACUUGGUGGUAGGUCAGCAGAAGAGAUAAUCUUUGGAGAAUCAGAAAUUACUACAGGUGCUGCAGGGGACUUGCAACAAAUAACACAAAUAGCAAGACAGAUUGUAACAAGAUUUGGCAUGUCUGAUACUGGACCUUGGGCAUUAACUGAUCCUGCAGUACAAAGUAGCGACGUGGUGUUAAGGAUGCUGGCUAGGAAUUCAAUGUCUGAGAAACUAGCAGAAGACAUUGAUUCAUCAGUUAGGAACAUAAUUGAGAGUGCAUAUGAGGUUGCAAAGAAGCAUAUAAGGAAUAACCGCGAAGCCAUUGAUAAGAUAGUGGAGGUGCUGCUGGAGAAAGAAACCCUUACAGGAGAUGAGUUCAGAACAAUCCUGUCAGAAUUUGUUGAUGCCCCUGUAGUAAAAGCAGACAGAUCUCCAGUCCGUGAGAUGAUCAAUCUCUGUUCUUCAAUCAAACACCUCUCUCAAGUCCAUGCCCAAAUCCUCAUCUCUAAUCUUCACCAAGACUCUUUCCUUCUCACCGAACUCGUCAGAUUCUCCUCGCUAUCUCCCUACAAAAAUCUCAGCUACACGCAUACCCUUCUAGUUAACUCACUCAACUCAACUCCCUCUACAUGGAAUAUUCUUAUCCGAGGCUAUGCUUCUAGCGAUACUCCACAAAAGGCAAUCUGGGUACUUAAAGAAAUGCGAAAACGAGGCCUUCAACGCAAUAAACUUACGUACCCAUUUGUUUUAAAGGCGUGCGCAAGGGGUGAAGCACUUGCGGAAGGUAGACAAGUUCAUGGGGAGAUUUUCAAGCAUGGUUUAGAUGAUGAUGUUUAUGUUGAGAACAAUUUGGUGCAUUUUUAUGGGUGUUGUAAGAAGAUAAUCGAUGCAAAGCAAGUGUUCGAUGGAAUGGGUGAGAGAACUGUGGUUUCGUGGAAUGCGGUGCUUUCUGCUUGUGUUGAGAAUUUUUGCAUUGAGGAUGCAAUUGGGUAUUUUGAUAAGAUGAGGAAUUGUGGGUUGGACGAAACCACAAUAGUGAUCAUGCUCUCAGCGUGUGCAGAGCUAGGAUCUUUAAGCUUCGGCAGGUUGCUUCAUUUGCAAGUUGUUGAGAGAGGUUUAAUUUUGAAUUGUCAAUUGGGGACUGCACUUGUUGAUAUGUAUGCGAAGAGUGGAUAUGUUGGUUAUGCUAGUCGAGUUUUUGAUAGAAUGGAGGAGAAAAAUGUGUGGACUUGGAGUGCAAUGAUAUUGGGAUUUGCGCAACACGGUUUUGCUAAGGAAGCCCUUGAAAUUUUUGUAAAGAUGAUGAAAAGUUCUUGUAUAAGACCGAAUUACGUUACUUAUCUUGGAGUUCUUUGUGCUUGUAGCCAUUCUGGUUUGGUGGACGAUGGGUACCGGUAUUUUCAUGAAAUGGAGUAUGUUCAUGGGAUUAAGCCUAUGAUGGUUCAUUAUGGUGCCAUGGUUGAUGCCUUGGGUCGUGCUGGUCGUCUGAAAGAUGCUUACACUUUCAUAAUGAACAUGCCUAUUGAGCCUGACCCCAUUUUAUGGAGGACUUUGCUAAGUGCAUGCACUAUUCAUAAUGUUAAUGAUACUGAUGGCGUCAGUGAUAGGGUGAGAAAGAGGUUGCUUGAGUUGGAGCCAAGAAGGAGUGGAAAUUUGGUGAUGGUUGCAAACAUGUAUGCAGAAGCUGGAAUGUGGGAUAGAGCAGCAAAUGUACGGAAGGUUAUGAGGGAUGGAGGGUUGAAAAAGAUGGCUGGUGAAAGCUGUCUUGAGUUAAAUGGCUCCAUUUAUCAGUUUUUUUCAGGGUAUGAUUCUCAAUUUGAUUUUGAUGGCAUCUAUCUAUUGCUAGAUACACUGACCUUACACAUGAAAAUGAUUAACAUUUUGUAGUGGUAUUGCUUGAUAUGAACCCUUUUGCAUUCAGGAUUAGAGAAAAUAUUUAAUUGUGCAAGCUGCAAAUUUGCAUUAUCGGUACCCCAUAGUUUCAUUCUGCUUUAAUAGUGGUGUGGCCCUAUGUAGGCCCAGUGGUGUAUAGAAAUCAUAAGAGUUCAUUACUUUCAGCAGUCAUUCCUGUGGCCCUAAGGAAUGUGUAGUAUCAUUUAUAUAGAUAAUAAAAUGUGACCUUGAAACUUU